CUAAAACCCACCACUCUUCGUCCGAAUUUACCUUUCCAAACAAAUCACCGACUUCUCGUAAACCAGCUGCCCUGAAAUCGGGCAGACGCGAGGACCGGAGGUAAGAAAACCACGCUAGUUAACCCCGUCAAAAGUUUCGCGUCAAGAUACCUUGGGAGCUCGCUCCAACAUUUACACGCUUCUUACCCAGACAAUCGCGCGCACGCUCACACGCCCCUCAACAUGGCGCCGAUAGCUACUCAGCCGACCUCUGCCACCAGAACAAACUCCACCACGUCUACAAACGCGCCUGACACCGCAGACCCAGACACAGCCGUACCCGACGCAACUCCCACCACCACCAGCACGACCAAAAAACGCAAACGCAAAGACAAGUCCUCCGAAAAACAAAAUCACAUCCUGCACCAGGCCACAUUCCGGAAAACAGCUUGGACCUACUUCCAUGUCGUCCUUCUCACACCAGGAACCGCUUCGUUACCUCCCACAACCAACUCCACCUCUCCUUCCACGACCACUACCUCGCUAUCCCCACUCCUAACAUCCACCCUCCUCACCGCGCCUCUCCGCGCCUACCUCGGCAUCACAGGCACUGCCAUACCCAUCGACAUGCUCAAGAUAAGCGGUCGGGAAGUGUGGUUGCGUAUUCCGCGGCAGGAUGCACGUGGGUUUCGGGCUAGUUUGAGUGGAUGGGUGGGGAGUUGUGAGGGAGACGAGAUUCCUGGGGUAAGUGGAGAAGGGAAGGGACUGGGCAGAGUGGGUGUUGCGUGGAGGGUUGUGGGGGAGGGUGGUGUGCUGGGGUGUUUGGCUGGGAGCGGGGAUGGAGGGGAUUUGUUUGGGUGAAGGAUAUACUUUGGGGUGUAUGAAGAUAACGGUACACAUGGCUUGAACGGGCAUGGUAGUGCGCGGCAGUGGUCAUUUGAAAAGACUCGCGCACAACUAAGGGGAAAAGGGUGACCAGCGCGGUCGACAAGGAAGAGAGACACGCCGAAGCGCCAAUCCGCGACGCGGUCCAAACACGCGCAGUCACUGCCCCUCGAACUGCAAAGACACGAGCCAAGAGACGAGAACAGGCGGCAGAGGAUGGAUGCGGCAGUCGAAAGCGAGAUUACAAGCACAC